AUGACAGAUCAACCUCUGAAGAAGAUUCUGCACAGGCCGAAAACCUCAGGCCGGAUGCUGGCUUGGUCCAUUGAGAUUAGCCCUUAUUGUCUAGAGUACCGACCUUGGACCGCUAUAAAGUCUCAGGCCCUGGCUGAUUUCAUAGCAGAGUGCACAUUCAAUGAAGAACAAAAGGGGUCGGGCAAGCUAGCUUUUGAAGUGUCGGGAGAGGAGACAGAGGGGCAGUCCUCUCAGGAAUUCGACUGGAAACUAUACAUAGAUGGGGCGUCAGGCGCCGGGGGCAGUAGCGCUGGAAUACAGCUAAAGGGACCAGGAGAAUUUAAGGUUUGCUAUGCCCUACGCCUAGAAUUCAAGGCCUCCAAUAAUGUGGCAGAAUAUGAAGCCCUAAUAAAUGGGAUGCUGGUGGCAAUGGAAGUAGGGGCGACCGACCUCGAAGUGAAUAGUGACUCCCAGCUGGUGAUUAAUCAAAUAACCGGGGCAUAUCAGGCCAGAGACCCAAUCAUGCAGAAUUACCUGGCAAAGGUAAAAGCCAUUAAAGCCGAGCUCAAGGGUCGGGGAGUCACAGUUAAAUACCAAAGAAUACCCCGAGAGGAGAAUGAAGAAGCAGAUUUGCUCAGUCGGUUGACUAAAGAAGAACUAGAACAACUUCCUGAUGAGGUAUACAUACAAUAUGUUAGCACGCCUGCUUUUAAUAAAACAAUCAAUGUAUUUCAGGUAGAGCAAAACCAGAACUGGACGAUCCCGUACUUGGAAUACCUGGAAAAAGGAAAGCUCCCUAAAGACAAGGGCGAAGCAAAAAAGAUAGCGGCCCGAGCUGCCAACUAUCAAGCAAUAAGGGGAACUUUGUACAGAAGGGGGAAAUCCAGCCCGUGGCUCCGCUGUGUAAGCCCGGAGGAGGCAAUAAAGGUGAUGGAAGAAAUAUAUAGAGGAACGUGCGGAGCUCACGAAGGGGCAGGAAUACUGGCUAAUAAGAUAUUCAGGCAAGGGUACUACUGGCCCACCGUUAAGAAGGAAGCAGAAGAGUUUGUUCGAAGAUGUGACGUCUGCCAGAGAUUUGCCAACGCCAUCAAUGUCCCAACCACUCCUCAAUCCAGCAUCUCCAGCCCGUGGCCGUUCUCGGAAUGGGGAAUAGACAUCCUGGGACCCUUUCCUAAGACCAAGGGACAGAAAAAGUUUGUAGUAGUGGCUGUGGAGUACUUCUCGAAAUGGCCGGAGGCGAAAGCAAUCCCCACAAUAACCGCCCGCAAGAUGAUAGAUUUUGUAUGGGGGAAUAUCAUCUGCAGGUUUGGAGUACCGAGGGUACUCAUCUCAGAUAACAGCAGACAAUUCGACUGCAGUACCUUCAGAGCGUUCACGACAAACAUGGGCAUAUGGCACAAAUUUUCCUCAGUAGCCCACCCUCAGACCAACGGCCAGACGGAGGUCACCAACAGAGCUAUCCUCCAGGGGUUAAAGAAGAGGCUGGAUGGGGCAAAUGCAAACAGGGCAGAAGAACUCAAUAGCAUCUUGUGGACACUCCGAACUACCCCCAGGACGUCCACUAAAGAAACGCCUUUUGCACUUGCAUUUGGCACUGAAGCCGUAGUCCCAAUUGAGUUACAAGUCCCUACACACCGGGUCCAGUUUCAUGAUGAGAAUGCAAACAGUGAUAAACUGAGAAGUCAGGGAAAGAAGCCUGAAGGUAGGAGACCUGGCCCUGAGAAACCUAGAAGCUACAGGAAAAAGAGUGGCGAUAGGCAAGUUGGCACCGACCUGGGAGGGCCCGUUCAGAAUAGCAAAAGUGGUCAAGUCAGGGGUAUAUCGAAUUGA